AUGAUGACGAGUCUCUCCUCGGCCUAUUCACCACAUCCUGGGGGAAUUCAUCCAGGAGUCCCUCAAGGACAUCCUAUGGCUGUACCUCACAAUCCAGGCCAACAGCAGCCAGGAAUGCCACAACAGAUGCACAUGGGAGUUUCUGGACCUGGAGGACCCCAAGUAAGCCAAGCCGGGGCUCUAAUGGGUGGCAUGCCACCUGGUGCUGGGGUCCCAAGUGCGCAUGCUCUCCAACAUCUCAACCCAAACGCGGCUGCACAACAACAUCAAAUGCUUCAGCAACAGCAGCAAAUGGCGUUCGCGAACAACUCCAACUUUCAAAUGCAACAGCAACAGCAACAAAUGAUACAGCAGCAGCGAGCUCAACAAGCUGCGCGACAACAAAUGCUGGCUCAACAUUAUAGUGGGAUACCUAUGCCCAUGCCAAAUGGAAUGAACCAGAUGACCCAGGCGCAAUUUCAAGCGAUGAGAGGAGCUGGUCCAACAAUGGCUCGGCCGGUGAACUUACCGCAACACCUCCAGCAGCAACAGGCAGGAUUGCAGGCUCAACAUACUCUGGAGCAGCAGCAGCAGCAGCAGGCACAGGCUCAACAUCAACAUCAACAACUUGUAGCUCAGCAAAUGGCCAUACAACAACAAGCAAAUGCGCAGGCCCACGCCGGGAACGGUCAAGGACAGCAAAACCAGCUUAGUUCGCAACAUAUCCAGAGUAUGCAGCAAGCUCAGAUGGCCCAAGCCCAAGCUCAGGCCCAGCAAGCUCAACACCAACAGUCUGCAGCAGCAGCAGCCCAGCAAAAUCAACCACCGCCAUCUCAACCGCAACCUCAGCCGCAGCCAAAUCCUCAGGCUCAACCACCAGUGUCUUCGCAACAACCUCAGCCCCAGGCUCCGAACAACGCCCAGCAACAGCAAGCAAUGGCGGCAGCGAGAAUGGCACAGAUUCAACAGGCACAGCAAGGCGAAAAGCUCAGGGGGCAGUGUCUAAUGAAGUUAAUGCUAUUCGCGGAUCAUUUAAGCAAUUUUGCGACAAAUUCAAAACCACUCGAGACCUAUAUGGCUAAUGGGGCGGCCUCGCGAGCGGCUGCGCAAUUGACCAAACAGCAAGAGGACUUGGGUUACUGGAUGCACUUUGUCAGCCAAUUCUUUUCUCCGAAAGGUGUUAUGCGACAUUCGUUGUGGAUGUUGGAUGAAAACUCCAAUAAGCAAUAUGAGAUACCGUUCUCGGCUCUGCCAAGAUAUUUCCACACCCAUUUCGAAAGCGGCGUCAAAUCGAUGCAGCUAAUCACCGAAAAGGGAACAGAGAGAGCUUUGCCCAAUAGCGGACAUUACAUCGAGAGUCAAAAGUCGACAUUCGUGUAUUGGUUUGAUAACGGGUCGCAGCUCGUUGCAACAGGCAGUCUUCGUGCGCACUUUGACUCGGAGCACAAGAUCGAACUCCUUGAGUUUGUGACCAAUAAUCACGAGGAAUACCUUCCCCGUGCUAAGGCGAUAGAAGCUUUCAAGCCAGUGCACGAAUGGGCCAAGGAAUGGCAUAAACUGAACACGGCACCAGAGGGCAAGCAAUCGCCUGAGCUGAAUAAGAAGAAGCCUAAACCUAUGAGAUCGCCCCCAAACCCCCCGCCUGAGAUCGACAUUGCCCACUCUAAGGUCAAACCAAACAUCGGAAUUACGACAUCAGUAUUCCGAUUUUUUGAGCUCGCUGAAGUUAUGGGGCAAAUGAAUCUUUUGUUCCAUUACUCACAUCAGCACUCAUCACUUACACCGAGCGCACUCCUUGAGCAGUAUGUUACCACCAUUGUCAACACCGCCAAUGGACCUGCACAACAAAACCCCUCGGGUCCUCGAACUCCAGCCAUGGGAGGAUUUCCGGUCGCGUCGCCGGCUCCACCUCAUAUUCAGCUACCCGGUGGAUCGCCACAUAUAACUGGCAGUCCAGCGCAGGCUCCUCACAUGCAACUUCAACAAAGCCAGCACGGGACAAAUUCUAGCGGGCCGAGCGCAAAUACGAGCCCCAACGCUAGUAACAAACGGAGGAGGCCAUCCGCUGUAAAGACAGAAGAAGAUACGCAAAUCAAUGGUGGCCCAAAAUCCACCGUUAGACCAAGUCCAAGACUAACGAAAAAACAAAAGCCAAAUGGACCCGGGCCUGGAUAA